AUGUUUGAGAAGGUCCUUUUCCACUUGGAAAUAGACUUACUACCGGAGAUAUUCGUGUUACUUCGUCUGCACUGGUUUGUACACGAAUGCGUGAGGUAUCUCGCCAUAUCCAAUAUGCACACUCAGGUGCAGAUAAAUCGAGAUAAGGAAUCGGCUCCAUCGGCUGCUCCAACAGCGAUUUAUACAACAAUGUAUCGAUCAUGUGUCGGUGUUAGAUUUCGUCUUUAUCUGUCAUGGAUCCUGAUAGAGUAUUGCGAGCUGAUGCAAAUUGCACCAAGCCAGUUGGUUCUCCGAGCUUGGGGAUUGAUACAUGCUCUGCAAGUCUUGUCCGACCUAUCUGGCAUUGAUACCUCCGGGAAAAUGGUGGCACACUCGUUUCACCUUGUUAGCGUUGAAGGGAAUUCCCGAAUAUUCAACCUUCAACUUUGCGAAGGUGAAAGCUCUCCUGUUGAUCUUCCAAUGUGGCUGGAUGCAAGUGUUGAUGGUGGAGAAUACUUCUAUGUCAUCCACAAUGGAGUUGGAAGAGUUCGCAGCUGCUGGUCAGACAUAGGUAUGAGAACUUUAUACCCACUGUAUUAUAAAAAGUGUAAAAAAGGCUUAUAA